GAGCGGGAGGUUUGUGAAUGAAACUAUCUGUAAACAUAAAGAAAUGCAAUGUUAUCGGGACUGCAUGGUGGUGUAACUUAUAACAUGUGCGGACAUCACCAGUCGAACUCUUGCGGGUGCGUAAAUUUGGAAAGCUGUGUAAAACACCGAGUAUCUCCAGGUGCCACGCCAAGACUAUUUAAAAUGUCAGAACUAUUAACGGCAGUUAAGAAAGGUGAGCACAAGUACGUCCGCAAGGUGUUCUCUACGUUACCAGAUGAUGAAGUUGCUCAGCUCCUUGCGUACAGGGCACCCCAGACUAAGGAGACGCUCCUGUUUUGUGCGUGCGUCACCGGGAACUACGAGAUGGUGCGGUUGCUGCUGUGGAAGGGACGGGGCGUUUGUGGUUUUUAUACGGCGUGGGGUGCGGGUCCGCUUCACGCUGCUUCGGAGAGGGGCCACGAGCUGGUAGUCAGACUUCUCCUGAAGCACGGUGCUGACAUCAACGUACAGACAAGCUACGGAGACACACCUCUCCAUCUAGCAGCAUACAGAGGGCACUACGGGGCAGUACGGUGUCUGGUGGAAGGAGGAUGUAAACUGGACAUCAGGAACUCAAAGAGGAAGACGGCUCUUGAUGACGCAGAGUCAGCCAGGCACCACAGGAUUGUACAGUACCUACAGCAUGUCAUGCGACUAGAUGUGGAACGUGCAAAGGAUUCUGGACAGACUUACACACAAAACAAAAUGGCCGACGCCAUAGAGGAUGAUCUUAUGAAAACGCAGCCGCUGGCCAAUUUCCCAUCACAGCAGAGACUUGAUCGCUCGAUAUCAUGGGAUUGUACUUCAAAUAGUAGUGCAAACAGUAGCUGGAAUGUUGAGGACGACAAAUAUUCAACGUACGACAGUACGGACUCUGAGUGGACAGCCAACGACUUGAGCACGGGGAGUAUCGAGUCUUUAUCCCGAUGUGCGAUGAGCCAGGGUCUGGAUCAAAUCCCGGAGUCCCGGGACUUUGAGAUUCACCGACAGGGUGGUGCUUUCCCCCGUGCAACAAGUCCGGUGGUUGAGCAUCGAACACGGGGACGGAGUUCAAGCGACACCACCGAUUCGAGGGUGAAGUAUCUUGAGAGUUUAGUAAAGGGUCUCCAGCGUGGAUUGAUUGAAACACAAGACGAGUUGAAGAAGACAAAGAACGAACUACAACACACCAAGACUACCCAGUGGUCACCAGGACAGUUGACGAUUGACGAACCUUCAGAUGACACUGCCACGUUGCUUUUAAAACUACGUAAAAGGUUGCCAAGCCAACCCAAUUAAAUUUCUAUGCAAUCAUCUACUACACAUUUUUUUAUAUUUUGUUAAUAUGAACCGUUGGACAAACAAAACAUUGACUACAGCGGGAUUUGAACAUGCGACCUCAAAGUUAACAUACACAUUUCGGAGGUCGCAGGUUCAAAUCCCGCUCCUGUCAGUGAGCUCUGAGCUAGCUAUUUAGCACUAA